UUACUUUAACCGAUCGUCUGCCAGUGCCUCACUCUAUUUUAUAUCAAGUUCUUGAAUCAUUGUUUGUCUUUAUGUACUUCUGGUCUUGUGUUUUUCCAUUGAAACUUUGUUCUCAACAUCAAGUUUUUCCUUUAUUUAUAUUUCAUCUUAAGGUUGCAUUACUUGGAAAAUGCUUGGGGAAGAGACACAAGAGGAAGGAGAUAAGGAGGAGUCAAACAAUUAUGGACACCAACAUCCCCUGCUUCUUAUGUUGAAUCAAGAGCAGCAGAUCAACUAUGGCAGUGGGGUAGCUGACUGCUCGAGGUGCGGGGAGGAGGUGUCUGCUCCAUGUUUUUGCUGUGCGGAGCACUGCGGGUUUUACCUUCACAAGGUAUGUGCCGAGGCACCUUUGGAGCUUAAUCAUCCUUUUCAUCACGAUCAUCCUCUUCUUCUUAUGCAAAAUGCACCUUAUUCAUCUGGUGGAUACUACGCUUGUGAUUUUUGUGAUAAAGAGGAUAAUAAGUUUGUUUAUCACUGCUCUUGCGGAUUGGACUUUCAUAUUAAAUGUGCUUUGUUUACAUUUAAUAUUGCUGAAAAGAAUUUGAAAGAGCUUGAGCAUGUUCCCCUUCAAGAUCCAUUGGUUUCCACUGAAAAUGGUGAUGAACUUGAAGAUGUUAGCAAGUGCUUUGGAUGUAGGGAACCAUUAGCAAAGUAUACACACUUUUCUCCUGACUAUGGGUUUAAUUUACAUGAGAAAUGCGCUACGCUUCCUUUCAAAUUGAAUCAUAUGUUGCAUCGCGAGCAUCCUCUUGUUCUACAAUUUAAUAUCGAAUGGCUCUCUUGCAAGAUAUGCCUAGUAACAAGGCGAAGAGGAUUCGUUUAUGGUUGUUCUCCUUGUAAGAUUGCUAUCCACAUUGAAUGUGCAUCACCAUCACCCAUUAUUGAAGAUAAAAGCCAUCUGCAUCCAUUCACUCUGUUUCCAAGACGACUACCCUUCAUUUGUGAUGCAUGCGGUGUCGAAGGAAAUUACGCUGCCUACAUUUGUUGUACAUGCAACAUUAUAGUCCAUAAAGAGUGCAUUUCAUUGCCAUGUAUCAUCAUUAGCAAGUGGCAUGAUCAUCGCAUUUAUCACAAAUACUUUCUUCCACUAGAUUUUAGAAAUUCAGACUGCGAUAUUUGUCAUGGUGAGGUCAAUCCAGAGCUCGGCUGUUAUUGUUGUUCACAUUGUAAUAUUACAUUCCAUGCCCGUUGUGUGACAGAGGAUAAAUAUUCAUAUUCUGUACCUUCACGCGAAGAUGAAGAGGAGAUAUCCAAUGAAAGUUCCAUCACCGUUUUGGAGUGGAAUGAUGCCAAAGAAGCUACAAAAAUAAAACACUUCAAGCAUAUGCACAAUCUAAUGCUAAGUGCUUCCGUUGGAGGUGAAUGUGAGAGUAGGACAUGUCUCAGAUGUGUGAUUGCUCUUACUCCUGGUGCUCGAACAUGUUUGAAACAUGAACACCCCCUCCGUUUCUACAGACAGUACGAAGGGAAGUGCAAUGCUUGUAGUCGUUAUUCAUGGCGGGCAUUUUGUUGUAAGGAUUGCAAUUUUGUGCUACAUCUUGGAUGUUUUUCACUUCCAAUUAUGGCUCAACACAAAUGUGAUGAGCAUCUUCUUUCACUCACUGAUCAUGAUGAUAACAAUUAUUCAGAAAGUCAUUAUUGCGAUAUCUGUGAAAAAAGUCGAGAUUCAAAUAGUUGGUUUUAUCAUUGUGCAAUAUGCGAUACUUCUGCUCAUGUUGGUUGUGUUCUUGGAAAAUAUCCAUUUCUCAAACUCAAGAGCAUCUAUGAAGAAAAAGAUCAUCCACACCCACUCACCAUUGUGAAGAAAGAGUAUUACUAUCCUGAUUGUGAUAAAUGCGGCAAGCCUUGUGAAGAUUUGGCUCUUGAAUGCUCAAAGUCAGAGUGCAAAUAUAUUGUCCACUGGAAUUGUGCAGCACCUAAUUUUCUACAGUGUGUGAUCUAUUGGCCCAUGUAGUAAUUUAGACCUAAUCAUAUUUGAAACCUACCGCUUCAUUUAUAGGAAAACUCAAGAUUGAAGAACAGAGUGUGAUCUUUGUCUUGUUACUUGUAAUGCUUGUUGUCAUAAUAAUUUGGUUUUUCUGACUUUUAAGUUUUAAUAUAAUAAUUUGAAGCCAAAACUGAUGAGAUUUA